GAAUGACAGCGUUGCUCUGCACAACUUUAAUCCUAACUAAAUGCUUAAUUAUUUUGGUUGAAAUUGUUGAUGAUCAGCUAUUGACAGACAGCUGAGUUGUGAUUUUGGAGCAGGUUGACAAUUGUAGUGGAGUUUGAAGGUUUUUUCAAUAGUUUGUAAAAUACGUGUUAUGAAAUGGGCUCAUUGACAAGUAGGCAAAAUGCUGGGGUUGAAGAAGUUGAUAUUGUCUCAAAUCAUGCAUACAAAUAUCCUCCACGAUCUGGUUAGUGAAGUUAUUUUGGUAGUCAUUUUAUAAUGGGAGGUGAGAGAUUUGACACACCUCAACCAGAAGCUUAUCUUUUUGGAGAGAAUGCGGAUCUAAACUUCUUAGGAAGUAGGCCAACCCCGUUUCCAUAUCCACCACCUCAAGCUAAUGAUCCUACGAAAACACUAAAAAGCUUGGUGAAUAUAAGAAAAGAAUCACUACGUUUAGUUCGCAAUGUAGAUCAGACAUCUACUUCCUCUCAGCAUCAUAAUGCUAAGCAUUAUGGAGAUGGAGAUACCGAUAACAAACCCACAAGAUUCAACAUUGAAUUUACAUUUGAUUGUGACGUAAGAUGUGCUAUCACAAUUUAUUAUUUUUGUACAGAAGAUGUCUCAGCUAACGGAGUUGUAUACUCUCCACGGGAUCCUUCUAUGAAUUCAGAGACAUACCAUUACAAGAAAGGUGCUAAUCAACAGUUCUGUCAAACGUCACAUGUAUUUGAUCCAACUUUUUAUAAUGAGGAGGACCUGUUGUAUAAUCCUGAACGAGAAAUUAUUCCAAUAGCCAUUCAUUGUGUCGCUGAGGAAGGCUCCGAAGAACCAAAACAGUCUCACACAACAAUAGCCGUAGUAGAAAAACAUUCGGAUGGCUCAUAUGUAUUGAAAGCGCUUAAACAGAAACUGUACGUGGAUGGACUUUGCUACUUGGUACAGGAAAUAUACGGUAUUGAAAAUAAAAACACAGAAAAUACCAAGCAACAAAGCAGUGAUGAGGACACAGAAGACAGUGGUUCCGAAUGUGUAAUUUGCAUGUGCGACGUGCGCGAUACUUUAAUCUUACCUUGUAGGCAUUUAUGUCUGUGUAACGGAUGCGCAGAUUCAUUAAGAUAUCAAGCAAAUAAUUGUCCAAUAUGUCGGGCUCCAUUUAGAGCUCUUUUGCAAAUCAAAGCGCUUCAGAAAGCCACUGGAGGAGUUAUAUCAAAUCCGCCACUGCCAGAGGGUAGCUGUGAAGUCAUACCAUCUGGGUACGAAGCAGUUUCAUUAAUAGAGGCUUUAAACGGACCGUACACACCAAGAGCUACUGUACUGCCUUCAGAAUCUUUGGAGACUCCAGACACAGAUACAGCUAGUGCGAUUCAAGCAGCAGAGGCACUAAAUAGAUCAACCGAACGUACUCCAGUCUCAAAACACGCAUCUCCAAAAGAUACUGAGAAAUCACCAAGAACUAGUGGUGGUCCUUGUCCAACACCCGAGUUCCGAAUGUCUGUUCUGCUUGCAAGGGAUGAAAAUUCUGGCUCUCAAAAGGAUCUCCAUAGUCGUUCCCCAGCAUCAAGGGCAAAGUUCACGAAUCGUCCUCGUGACAAAACGGCUCUUAGAACAAGAGACACCCUGAGACUGGUUAAUGAAAAACAAUCAUCUAUUGGCGAUGAGGGUCAGGAUGAGGAUAGCGAAGCAGAGAAAUUGUCCCCAUUGUUGGAUGCAGCUACUAGCACCGAAGCACUUGACGCUCAUAUUCAUCCUAUCGAUGACACCGAUAUUGAUAACGAAAUGCAAACAGAAAAUGAUAAUGCAGCUAAAGUGAUAUGCAGCUGCGAGAAAGGAUUUCAUUAACAACAUUCAUUAUUCCAUUCAGACUCUCUUUUUUCAAGUUAUGCGAAACGCGCAUCUUCGAGCAUCACGUUUCAACCACUUGGUACCCGAAAUAGCGUAGAUUAUUUUUGUUCUCUUCCACCCUUUGAUAUUAUAAACAUAUGACUAAAUCAGGCAAGGAAUUACGUGACUUUCACAUUGAGGUUCGAAUAUGCCACCGAAGGAUUAUGAAUAUACUAUGUAGAUAGAAUUUAGUAUUCAUAUUUAAUAACUGGUUCUGGAUAAUUUUACAUAACAUCGUCGGUAUAACACGAGUUUGUGAUUUACCAUUUCCCUUUCUAUGGACUAUUUUGUAGGUAUUGAACUAUUUUUUCAUAGAUAUAUUCCUGUAUAUAUAUUAAGUACGUGAACUACUAUAUAUGUAUAGUGGUAAAUUUUGACAGCUGUCACGCAAUCACUUCAACUUAGCAAAAAUAGUUGCUACGAGUGCGAGAGAGACGGGCUUAACAGUAUUUAUAGUGGUUCGAUUAGCGAGUCUUCAUCUUUAAUUUCGUGGAAUUUUAUAACAGUAAAAUAUGGUUGACAAACUCACAUUAGGUGGUACACAAACUCUCUACUAACUUCAUUUAGUUUGUAUUUUUAAGAAUUAAAUAAGAUUACUUGACAUGACAA